CUUUGUUCAUUCCAUUCGUACGAAUAUUUCGAACAUUUCGUUCGACCGGCUUCAUUUUAUAGUUAGGUUAUUCAUGAUUAUUGCAUUUACAAUGUGGAAAUAUUUUUUAUUAAUAUUUGUGCUUAUACAAUCAAAUGUAGCAAUUUUAGAAAAUGAAGGCGAUACAUUGGUACUCCUUGAUAAUUUAGCUAUUCGUGAAACACAUUCAAUAUUUUUUAAAUCUCUACAAGAACGAGGAUUUAAGCUUACCUUUAAAUUGGCUGACGAUGCUAGUUUGUUGUUGUCGCGCUAUGAAGAAUAUCUCUUUAAGAAUGUAAUCGUGUUUGCUCCUAGUGUGGAGGAGUUCGGAGGGGAAUUAAGUGUUGAAAAAUUAGCUGAAUUUGUGGACGAUGGUGGUAACGUAUUGGUGGCAGGCAGUGAAAAGUCAGGAGAUGCCUUACGUGAAUUCGCAUCAGAGUGUGGUUUUGAAAUGGAUGAACUUGGUGCUGCUGUCAUGGAUCAUUUACACUAUGACAUUGAUGACACAGGUGACCAUACAACAAUCCUCACCGCUGCACGUAACCUUUUGGAUGCACCCACCAUCAUGGGUGAUAGCCGUAGGGAUGAAAAGAGACCUUUAUUGUAUCGUGGUACUGGUUUGCUAGCAGAUAAGGAAAAUUCUUUGGUUUUGCAGUUAUUGACAGCCGAGACUACAGCGUAUAGUUACCAUCCUGAGCAACCAAUUGAAGAUUAUCCACAUGCUGUGGGCCGCAAUACUUUAUUAAUUACAGCCUUACAGGCCCGAAAUAACGCACGGGUUGUUUUUUCGGGUUCUUUAUACUUUUUCUCCGAUGAAGCAUUCACAAAAACUGUAGAAUAUGCUAAGACGGGUGUGUCAUAUAAGUUGGCGGGAAAUGAAGAGACUGCCAUCGCUAUUAGUAAAUGGGUCUUUGGUGAAAGUGGCCGUCUUCGCGUCGCUGAAGUGAAACAUCAUCGUGAAGGUGAAAUGCAGCCACCAGAUCAAGCAUAUACAAUUACAAAUCCAGUCGUCUAUUCAAUAAAAAUUGAAGAGUUAAUUCAUGAUAAGUGGUUCCCAUUUAAAGCAAACGAUGUUCAGCUCGAAUUUGUUCGCAUUGAUCCCUUUGUACGAAUAACUUUGAAGCAGGUUGAAGGAGAACGUUACGAAGCUAGAUUUAAAAUCCCAGAUGUUUACGGGGUUUACCAGUUUAAAGUUAACUAUGAUCGCAUUGGCUACACUCACUUAUAUAAUAUCACACAGGUAUCAGUUCGACCUUUAGAACAUACACAGUACGAAAGAUUUAUUCCGAGCGCUUUCCCUUACUAUACCAGCGCUUUUUCAAUGAUGGUCGGUGUUUUCAUUUUCUCAUUUGUAUUUUUACAUUUCAAAGAAGAAACCGUCAGUUCAGGAGGAUUUAUAAAAAAAAGCGAAGACAAAAAGCUUCAAUAGGAUUGUAUUGGUAUUUUAGUUUAAAAAUCUUAACAGGGCAUUAGUACUGCUUUUAACUAUGUGCUUGCUUAUACCUGUAAUAAAAUGUGCUCCUAUAAUUUUA